AUGAAUAAGACUAAAAACGCCUCAGGUGCGCCAACUCGAUUCCCCGAAACAGCACCACCGUAUCACCGCCAGCCAUGGACGAUCCCAUUACCAUCGACUGCACCGACGAGGACUCGGCCCUCCAAGUCCCAGUUCCUGAGCCGACAAGAGGUUAUUCGUCGGCGGUUACGGCGGCUGAAGCAACUGUGCAGGCUCUACAAAGCUCACUACUGGGGCUUUAUGGAGGAGGUCAGGAGACAGCACAAGGACUACUAUUGGACGUACGGAAAGAGUCCCUUCAAGGAAGAUGAGAAGAAGGAUGGCGAGCAGAACGAUGGAAACAAUAAGUUAGGGUUAGGGUUUCAGCUGAAGUGUCAGAUUUCAGAUUGUAAAGAAAAGGCGAUGGCGUUGACUCGGUACUGUCAUAAGCAUAUUUUAAAGGAUCCAAGUCAGACACUAUAUCGAGGCUGUAAUUAUCCUAUCAAGAGCGGGCAGAUUUGCAAGAAACCAAUCCUAAGAUCCAUUAAUCCUCUUCAUUGCCCUGUCCAUGCUCAAGCGGCUGAAAAACAUCUUGCACGGGCAUUGAAAAGGGCAGGCCUCAAUGUCUCUUCUUCAAGUAAACUUGCUCCGAAGUUGCAUGUUGUCGUUGCGGAGUAUGUUCGCCAGAUUCAAACUAAGAGACGAGAAGCAGAUCGAAGAUCUGUAUCUAGAAUCAAGAUUGAAGAGAAAACUAGUGAUAGUUGAACAUGAUUCUGCAAACAUGUUAAGCCAAAAGAAUUAGGUAGCUUAUUGCUGCUGGCGGUGCUAGGCUUUGGUAGUGUAUCUAAUUGAGCGAAGAUGUGGGACACUGUAUUUGCGCAUUGAAUAUUAUUUUUUUUUCUUCAUAUUAUGUGAAGGUGCUUUCUAUUGUUGUUCUUCAUCCCCCCCCCCCUAAUAUUAUUGUUGGGUUUUGACAAAUGAUAUAUAUAAAGCUCAAAUAUUUGAG